GUAUAUAAAUCAAUAAUUGUUUUACGUUUGUGGUCUACACAUUAUAAAAAAGCUACAGUUAUAUUAGAAUUUAGAACUCACAACUAAAAUUUUGUUCUAAUUAUUUUUAACAGUCAUGUCAGCAGUUGGAAAUGUUCAGCAAUUACAACAAGAUUUACAAAAUGAACUGACAACUGCAAAUCAACUCCUAAGGCUAAUAUCAUUAGAGGUUCAGAAAAUUAAAAGCUUCACUAAUCCAGGUGGCGAGUUUGAAGAAAACAUUAAACAAAAUGUCUCAACAAUAGCUAGACUUGCAAAUAUUCAACAGAUAAACAUAACAAAUUUGCCUCCAGUGAAACAUCUUCAGUUAGAUUUAAGCCAUCACACAAAUCAGAAUAUGUCUUAUGAACAGCACGACAGUUUUAGAAACAGUAUGGAUGAAUCUCAGUAAUUAGCUAAGAAUACAUAAAAACUCCAUGAUUUGUAAAUGUACUACAAGUGAUAAUUACUAUAUUGUUACUAUUUGAAAAAAUAAAUAAAUUUGUAAACUAAAAAACUAUUGGAAAAAAAAAAUGAUUUAAUUGCUUGAUUGUAUGCUGCUAUAUUCAAAUCUGUAUUUGGAUUUUUAUAAAAGAAAUUGUAGAAUAAAGUCAUUUUGUUAAUGUCAUUGAUUGUUUGUAUGUAAAUGGUGCAAACAAUUCAACAAACUAAAUAAACAAACCUUAUAAUAUUGAUUUCAACCAGGCACUAAUAAGUGUAAGAGUUUUCGGCUUUAGUCAACCAAUAAUAAUGAGAACAAAGUGAAAAUGCCAAAUUAAGUGAUAUAAGAUUAAGAUUCACGCGUUCUUACCACUGGGCCAUCUCGGCUCACGCAGUUUUCGUAUUUAUUUAUUUCUCCAAAAAAAAAACGUGAGUCGAAAUUAAGUUACAAUUUAAGUAAUCUAAAAUUAAAAUCUUUGUUACAUAAUUUUGAUGAUGACAAAUGUCAUUGAAAAAGUAUUUUAAAUUCCUUCAUUUUGAUAACUCGCACGGAAGGUUUUUGUUCCAUUGGAAAUCUACUUUCCAUUUCUAUUUCUAUCAUUUACAAACAUAAAGAGGAAACGAGCGAUGUCAAUAAGCAUGAGGUAUAUAAUUGAGGUAUAACAUUCGACAAACAGGCAGUUGGGUA